AUGGCGGUCGCUACUCCAACAGAAGGUGUAGCUACAAGUAUAGAGGGAACGUCUACUACUGUAGUUUCAACAACGACUUCCGAUAAAAGCAUAACGUCUGAUCUACCAUCUACAACGACAGAACGAGGAACGAAUACUUUAAUUCAGACAACAACAGCUGAUGAUACUGAGACUGAACAACAAACUUCAACAACUGUAACUUCUACUUCAACUGCUGUACACUAUACCACUUUUGAAUCGUUCUCUACUACCUCUUCUAUAAUGAAAGCGAUCACAACCACAUCUGAUCAAUCAACUUCAAUUGAGGCUUCUUCUGUAACUGAAGAACAAACUUCCACUACUGAGGAGAUCUCUACAACUACAGAACUAACUAAAGACCAAACUUCAACAAUGAAAGCCACUACUUCAUUAGAAGGUGUGACUAAAAAUAUAGUCAUGACUACAACAGCAGAAGAAACCAGAAGUUCCGAACUAAAUAUAGCGGCGGCUGAAGAAACUACAAGCACCGAUCAAACUACCACUUCAGGAGCUCAUUUAACACCUUCUAACAAAACAGCAAAAGAAGCUCCAACUUCAACAAUAGAGGUCUCUACAACAACAGAAGCUGUUACUACAAGUGUAAAAGACACCACUAGUACUGACGCUUCGACAACAACUUCAGAUGCUAGCAUAACGUCUGAGCCUCCGAUUUCAACCGAAGAACAAACUACAACUUCUCGUGACCAAACAACGACAGCUGAAGAAACUAUAAGUGCAAAACACACAAGCACGUCUGAGACUCCUUCUACAACUGCUCAACAAUAUGCAACUGCUGAAUCUUUGUCUUCAACUGUUAGUGACACAACAAGUGAUAUUCAAACAACGACAACAAAAGCUUCUUCUACAACGGAGGCGGUCACAACUACAUUUGAUCAAACAACCCCGAUUGAAGCUACUUCUGUAACUGAAGAACAAACGUUCACUACUGAAGCUCUCUCUACAACAGCAGAACUAACAACAACUGAAGCCAAAACUUCAACAAGGAAGGCUAUUCCUUCAUCAGAAGGUGUUACUACAAAUGUAGUCAUAACUACAACAGCAGACGAAACAACAAGUUCCGAUCAAAGUACAGCGGCGGCUGAAGAAACUACAAGCGCCGAACAAACUACCACUGCAGGAGCUAUUACAACACCUUCUAGCAAAGCAGUAAAAGAAGCUCCAACUUCAACAAUAGAGUCCUCUUCAGCAACUGAUGCUGUUAGAACAAGUGUAGAAGAGACAACUACUUCUAGAGCUUCGACAACAACUUCAGAUGAAACCAUAACGUCUAAGCCUCCGACUUCAACCGAAGAACAAACUACAACUUAUCGUGACCAAACAACGACAGCUGAAGAAACUAUAAGUGCAAAACACACAAGCACGUCUGAGACUCCUUCUACAACUGCUCAACAAUAUGCAACUGCUGAUUCUUUGUCUUCAACUGUUAGUGACACAAGUGAUAUUCAAACAACGACAACAAAAGCCUUUACAACGGAGGCGGUCACAACUACAUUUGAUCAAACAACCCCGAUUGAAGCUACUUCUGUAACUGAAAAACAAACGUUCACUACUGAAGCUCUCUCUACAACAGCAGAACUAACAACAACUGAAGCCAAAACUUCAACAAGGAAGGCUAUUCCUUCAUCAGAAGGUGUUACUACAAAUGUAGUCAUAACUACAACAGCAGACGAAACAACAAGUUCCGAUCAAAGUACAGCGGCGGCUGAAGAAACUACAAGCGCCGAACAAACUACCACUGCAGGAGCUAUUACAACACCUUCUAGCAAAGCAGUAAAAGAAGCUCCAACUUCAACAAUAGAGGCCUCUUCAACAACUGAUACUGGUAGAACAAGUGUAGAAGAGACAACUACUUCUAGAGCUUCGACAACAACUUCAGAUGAAACCAUAACGUCUAAGCCUCCGACUUCAACCGAAGAACAAACUACAACUUCUCGUGACCAAACAACAACAGCUGAAGAAACUAUAAGUGCAAAACACACAAGCACGUCUGAGACUCCUUCUACAACUGCUCCACAAUAUGCAACUGCUGAAUCUUUGUCUUCAACUGUUAGUGACACAACAAGUGAUAUUCAAACAACGACAACAAAAGCUUCUUCUACAACGGAGGCGGUCACAACUACAUUUGAUCAAACAACCCCGAUUGAAGCUACUUCUGUAACUGAAGAACAAACGUUCACUACUGAAGCUCUCUAUACAACAGCAGAAGUAACAACAACUGAAGCCAAAACUUCAACAAGGAAGGCUAUUCCUUCAUCAGAAGGUGUUACUACAAAUGUAGUCAUAACUACAACAGCAGACGAAACAACAAGUUCCGAUCAAAGUACAGCGGCGGCUGAAGAAACUACAAGCGCCGAACAAACUACCACUGCAGGAGCUAUUACAACACCUUCUAGCAAAGCAGUAAAAGAAGCUCCAACUUCAACAAUAGAGGCCUCUUCAACAACUGAUGCUGUUAGAACAAGUGUAGAAGAGACAACUACUUCUAGAGCUUCGACAACAACUUCAGAUGAAACCAUAACGUCUAAGCCUCCGACUUCAACCGAAGAACAAACUACAACUUCUCGUGACCAAACAACGACAGCUGAAGAAACUAUAAGUGCAAAACACACAAGCACGUCUGAGACUCCUUCUACAACUGCUCAACAAUAUGCAACUGCUGAAUCUUUGUCUUCAACUGUUAGUGACACAACAAAUGAUAUUCAAACAACGACAACAAAAGCCUUUACAACGGAGGCGGUCACAACUACAUUUGAUCAAACAACCCCGAUUGAAGCUACUUCUGUAACUGAAGAACAAACUUUCACUACUGAAGCUCUCUCUACAACAGCAGAACUAACAACAACUGAAGCCAAAACUUCAACAAGGAAGGCUAUUCCUUCAUCAGAAGGUGUUACUACAAAUGUAGUCAUAACUACAACAGCAGACGAAACAACAAGUUCCGAUCAAAGAACAGCGGCGGCUGAAGAAACUACAAGCGCCGAACAAACUACCACUGUAGGAGCUAUUACAACAUCUUCUAGCAAAGCAGUAAAAGAAGCUCCAACUUCAACAAUAGAGGCCUCUUCAACAACUGAUGCUGUUAGAACAAGUGUAGAAGAGACAACUACUUCUAGAGCUUCGACAACAACUUCAGAUGAAACCAUAACGUCUAAGCCUCCGACUUCAACCGAAGAACAAACUACAACUUCUCGUGACCAAACAACGACAGCUGAAGAAACUAUAAGUGCAAAACACACAAGCACGUCUGAGACUCCUUCUACAACUGCUCCACAAUAUGCAACUGCUGAAUCUUUGUCUUCAACUGUUAGUGACACAACAAGUGAUAUUCAAACAACGACAACAAAAGCUUCUUCUACAACGGAGGCGGUCACAACUACAUUUGAUCAAACAACACCGAUUGAAGCUACUUCUGUAACUGAAGAACAAACGUUCACUACUGAAGCUCUCUCUACAACAGCAGAACUAACAACAACUGAAGCCAAAACUUCAACAAGGAAGGCUAUUCCUUCAUCAGAAGGUGUUACUACAAAUGUAGUCAUAACUACAACAGCAGACGAAACAACAAGUUCCGAUCAAAGUACAGCGGCGGCUGAAGAAACUACAAGCGCCGAACAAACUACCACUGCAGGAGCUAUUACAACACCUUCUAGCAAAGCAGUAAAAGAAGCUCCAACUUCAACAAUAGAGGCCUCUUCAACAACUGAUGCUGGUAGAACAAGUGUAGAAAAGACAACUACUUCUAGAGCUUCGACAACAACUUCAGAUGAAACCAUAACGUCUAAGCCUCCGACUUCAACCGAAGAACAAACUACAACUUCUCGUGACCAAACAACAACAGCUGAAGAAACUAUAAGUGCAAAACACACAAGCACGUCUGAGACUCCUUCUACAACUGCUCCACAAUAUGCAACUGCUGACUCUUUGUCUUCAACUGUUAGUGACACAACAAGUGAUAUUCAAACAACGACAACAAAAGCUUCUUCUACAACGGAGGCGGUCACAACUACAUUUGAUCAAACAACCCCGAUUGAAGCUACUUCUGUAACUGAAGAACAAACGUUCACUACUGAAGCUCUCUCUACAACAGCAGAACUAACAACAACUGAAGCCAAAACUUCAACAAGGAAGGCUAUUCCUUCAUCAGAAGGUGUUACUACAAAUGUAGUCAUAACUACAACAGCAGACGAAACAACAAGUUCCGAUCAAAGUACAGCGGCGGCUGAAGAAACUACAAGCGCCGAACAAACUACCACUGCAGGAGCUAUUACAACACCUUCUAGCAAAGCAGUAAAAGAAGCUCCAACUUCAACAAUAGAGUCCUCUUCAACAACUGAUGCUGUUAGAACAAGUGUAGAAGAGACAACUACUUCUAGAGCUUCGACAACAACUUCAGAUGAAACCAUAACGUCUAAGCCUCCGACUUCAACCGAAGAACAAACUACAACUUCUCGUGACCAAACAACGACAGCUGAAGAAACUAUAAGUGCAAAACUCACAAGCACGUCUGAGACUCCUUCUACAACUGCUCAACAAUAUGCAACUGCUGAAUCUUUGUCUUCAACUGUUAGUGACACAACAAGUGAUAUUCAAACAACGACAACAAAAGCUUCUUCUACAACGGAGGCGGUCACAACUACAUUUGAUCAAACAACCCCGAUUGAAGCUACUUCUGUAACUGAAGAACAAACGUUCACUACUGAAGCUCUCUAUACAACAGCAGAACUAACAACAACUGAAGCCAAAACUUCAACAAGGAAGGCUAUUCCUUCAUCAGAAGGUGUUACUACAAAUGUAGUCAUAACUACAACAGCAGACGAAACAACAAGUUCCGAUCAAAGAACAGCGGCGGCUGAAGAAACUACAGGCGCCGAACAAACUACCACUGCAGGAGCUAUUACAACACCUUCUAGCAAAGCAGUAAAAGAAGCUCCAACUUCAACAAUAGAGGCCUCUUCAACAACUGAUGCUGGUAGAACAAGUGUAGAAGAGACAACUACUUCUAGAGCUUCGACAACAACUUCAGAUGAAACCAUAACGUCUAAGCCUCCGACUUCAACCGAAGAACAAACUACAACUUCUCGUGACCAAACAACAACAGCUGAAGAAACUAUAAGUGCAAAACACACAAGCACGUCUGAGACUCCUUCUACAACUGCUCCACAAUAUGCAACUGCUGAAUUUUUGUCUUCAACUGUUAGUGACACAACAAGUGAUAUUCAAACAACGACAACAAAAGCUUCUUCUAAAACGGAGGCGGUCACAACUACAUUUGAUCAAACAACCCCGAUUGAAGCUACUUCUGUAACUGAAGAACAAACGUUCACUACUGAAGCUCUCUCUACAACAGCAGAACUAACAACAACUGAAGCCAAAACUACAACAAGGAAGGCUAUUCCUUCAUCAGAAGGUGUUACUACAAAUGUAGUCAUAACUACAACAGCAGACGAAACAACAAGUUCCGAUCAAAGUACAGCGGCGGCUGAAGAAACUACAAGCGCCGAACAAACUACCACUGCAGGAGCUAUUACAACACCUUCUAGCAAAGCAGUAAAAGAAGCUCCAACUUCAACAAUAGAGGCCUCUUCAACAACUGAUGCUGUUAGAACAAGUGUAGAAGAGACAACUACUUCUAGAGCUUCAACAACAACUUCAGAUGAAACCAUAACGUCUAAGCCUCCGACUUCAACCGAAGAACAAACUACAACUUCUCGUGACCAAACAACGACAGCUGAAGAAACUAUAAGUGCAAAACACACAAGCACGUCUGAGACUCCUUCUACAACUGCUCAACAAUAUGCAACUGCUGAAUCUUUGUCUUCAACUGUUAGUGACACAACAAGUGAAUUUCAAACAACGACAACAAAAGCCUUUACAACGGAGGCGGUCACAACUACAUUUGAUCAAACAACCCCGAUUGAAGCUACUUCUGUAACUGAAGAACAAACGUUCACUACUGAAGCUCUCUCUACAACAGCAGAACUAACAACAACUGAAGCCAAAACUUCAACAAGGAAGGCUAUUCCUUCAUCAGAAGGUGUUACUACAAAUGUAGUCAUAACUACAACAGCAGACGAAACAACAAGUUCCGAUCAAAGUACAGCGGCGGCUGAAGAAACUACAAGCGCCGAACAAACUACCACUGUAGGAGCUAUUACAACACCUUCUAGCAAAGCAGUAAAAGAAGCUCCAACUUCAACAAUAGAGGCCUCUUCAACAACUGAUGCUGUUAGAACAAGUGUAGAAGAGACAACUACUUCUAGAGCCUCGACAACAACUUCAGAUGAAACCAUAACGUCUAAGCCUCCGACUUCAACCGAAGAACAAACUACAACUUCUCGUGACCAAACAACGACAGCUGAAGAAACUAUAAGUGCAAAACACACAAGCACGUCUGAGACUCCUUCUACAACUGCUCCACAAUAUGCAACUGCUGAAUCUUUGUCUUCAACUGUUAGUGACACAACAAGUGAAUUUCAAACAACGACAACAAAAGCCUUUACAACGGAGGCGGUCACAACUACAUUUGAUCAAACAACCCCGAUUGAAACUACUUCUGUAACUGAAGAACAAACGUUCACUACUGAAGCUCUCUCUAAAACAGCAGAACUAACAACAACUGAAGCCAAAACUUCAACAAGGAAGGCUAUUCCUUCAUCAGAAGGUGUUACUACAAAUGUAGUCAUAACUACAACAGCAGACGAAACAACAAGUUCCGAUCAAAGUACAGCGGCGGCUGAAGAAACUACAAGCGCCGAACAAACUACCACUGUAGGAGCUAUUACAACACCUUCUAGCAAAGCAGUAAAAGAAGCUCCAACUUCAACAAUAGAGACCUCUUCAACAACUGAUGCUGUUAGAACAAGUGUAGAAGAGACAACUACUUCUAGAGCUUCGACAACAACUUCAGAUGAAACCAUAACGUCUAAGCCUCCGACUUCAACCGAAGAACAAAUUACAACUUCUCGUGACCAAACAACGACAGCUGAAGAAACUAUAAGUGCAAAACACACAAGCACGUCUGAGACUCCUUCUACAACUGCUCCACAAUAUGCAACUGCUGAAUCUUUGUCUUCAACUGUUAGUGACACAACAAGUGAUAUUCAAACAACGACAACAAAAGCUUCUUCUACAACGGAGGCGGUCACAACUACAUUUGAUCAAACAACCCCGAUUGAAGCUACUUCUGUAACUGAAGAACAAACGUUCACUACUGAAGCUCUCUCUACAACAGCAGAACUAACAACAACUGAAGCCAAAACUUCAACAAGGAAGGCUAUUCCUUCAUCAGAAGGUGUUACUACAAAUGUAGUCAUAACUACAGCAGCAGACGAAACAACAAGUUCCGAUCAAAGAACAGCGGCGGCUGAAGAAACUACAGGCGCCGAACAAACUACCACUGCAGGAGCUAUUACAACACCUUCUAGCAAAGCAGUAAAAGAAGCUCCAACUUCAACAAUAGAGGCCUCUUCAACAACUGAUGCUGGUAGAACAAGUGUAGAAGAGACAACUACUUCUAGAGCUUCGACAACAACUUCAGAUGAAACCAUAACGUCUAAGCCUCCGACUUCAACCGAAGAACAAACUACAACUUCUCGUGACCAAACAACAACAGCUGAAGAAACUAUAAGUGCAAAACACACAAGCACGUCUGAGACUCCUUCUACAACUGCUCCACAAUAUGCAACUGCUGAAUUUUUGUCUUCAACUGUUAGUGACACAACAAGUGAUAUUCAAACAACGACAACAAAAGCUUCUUCUAAAACGGAGGCGGUCACAACUACAUUUGAUCAAACAACCCCGAUUGAAGCUACUUCUGUAACUGAAGAACAAACGUUCACUACUGAAGCUCUCUCUACAACAGCAGAACUAACAACAACUGAAGCCAAAACUACAACAAGGAAGGCUAUUCCUUCAUUAGAAGGUGUUACUACAAAUGUAGUCAUAACUACAACAGCAGACGAAACAACAAGUUCCGAUCAAAGUACAGCGGCGGCUGAAGAAACUACAAGCGCCGAACAAACUACCACUGCAGGAGCUAUUACAACACCUUCUAGCAAAGCAGUAAAAGAAGCUCCAACUUCAACAAUAGAGGCCUCUUCAACAACUGAUGCUGUUAGAAGAAGUGUAGAAGAGACAACUACUUCUAGAGCUUCAACAACAACUUCAGAUGAAACCAUAACGUCUAAGCCUCCGACUUCAACCGAAGAACAAACUACAACUUCUCGUGACCAAACAACGACAGCUGAAGAAACUAUAAGUGCAAAACACACAAGCACGUCUGAGACUCCUUCUACAACUGCUCAACAAUAUGCAACUGCUGAAUCUUUGUCUUCAACUGUUAGUGACACAACAAGUGAAUUUCAAACAACGACAACAAAAGCCUUUACAACGGAGGCGGUCACAACUACAUUUGAUCAAACAACCCCGAUUGAAGCUACUUCUGUAACUGAAGAACAAACGUUCACUACUGAAGCUCUCUCUACAACAGCAGAACUAACAACAACUGAAGCCAAAACUUCAACAAGGAAGGCUAUUCCUUCAUCAGAAGGUGUUACUACAAAUGUAGUCAUAACUACAACAGCAGACGAAACAACAAGUUCCGAUCAAAGUACAGCGGCGGCUGAAGAAACUACAAGCGCCGAACAAACUACCACUGUAGGAGCUAUUACAACACCUUCUAGCAAAGCAGUAAAAGAAGCUCCAACUUCAACAAUAGAGGCCUCUUCAACAACUGAUGCUGGUAGAACAAGUGUAGAAGAGACAACUACUUCUAGAGCUUCGACAACAACUUCAGAUGAAACCAUAACGUCUAAGCCUCCGACUUCAACCGAAGAACAAACUACAACUUCUCGUGACCAAACAACAACAGCUGAAGAAACUAUAAGUGCAAAACACACAAGCACGUCUGAGACUCCUUCUACAACUGCUCCACAAUAUGCAACUGCUGAAUUUUUGUCUUCAACUGUUAGUGACACAACAAGUGAUAUUCAAACAACGACAACAAAAGCUUCUUCUAAAACGGAGGCGGUCACAACUACAUUUGAUCAAACAACCCCGAUUGAAGCUACUUCUGUAACUGAAGAACAAACGUUCACUACUGAAGCUCUCUCUACAACAGCAGAACUAACAACAACUGAAGCCAAAACUACAACAAGGAAGGCUAUUCCUUCAUCAGAAGGUGUUACUACAAAUGUAGUCAUAACUACAACAGCAGACGAAACAACAAGUUCCGAUCAAAGUACAGCGGCGGCUGAAGAAACUACAAGCGCCGAACAAACUACCACUGUAGGAGCUAUUACAACACCUUCUAGCAAAGCAGUAAAAGAAGCUCCAACUUCAACAAUAGAGGCCUCUUCAACAACUGAUGCUGUUAGAACAAGUGUAGAAGAGACAACUACUUCUAGAGCCUCGACAACAACUUCAGAUGAAACCAUAACGUCUAAGCCUCCGACUUCAACCGAAGAACAAACUACAACUUCUCGUGACCAAACAACGACAGCUGAAGAAACUAUAAGUGCAAAACACACAAGCACGUCUGAGACUCCUUCUACAACUGCUCCACAAUAUGCAACUGCUGAAUCUUUGUCUUCAACUGUUAGUGACACAACAAGUGAAUUUCAAACAACGACAACAAAAGCCUUUACAACGGAGGCGGUCACAACUACAUUUGAUCAAACAGCCCCGAUUGAAGCUACUUCUGUAACUGAAGAACAAACGUUCACUACUGAAGCUCUCUCUACAACAGCAGAACUAACAACAACUGAAGCCAAAACUUCAACAAGGAAGGCUAUUCCUUCAUCAGAAGGUGUUACUACAAAUGUAGUCAUAACUACAACAGCAGACGAAACAACAAGUCCCGAUCAAAGUACAGCGGCGGCUGAAGAAACUACAAGCGCCGAACAAACUACCACUGUAGGAGCUAUUACAACACCUUCUAGCAAAGCAGUAAAAGAAGCUCCAACUUCAACAAUAGAGACCUCUUCAACAACUGAUGCUGUUAGAACAAGUGUAGAAGAGACAACUACUUCUAGAGCUUCGACAACAACUUCAGAUGAAACCAUAACGUCUAAGCCUCCGACUUCAACCGAAGAACAAACUACAACUUCUCGUGACCAAACAACGACAGCUGAAGAAACUAUAAGUGCAAAACACACAAGCACGUCUGAGACUCCUUCUACAACUGCUCCACAAUAUGCAACUGCUGAAUCUUUGUCUUCAACUGUUAGUGACACAACAAGUGAUAUUCAAACAACGACAACAAAAGCUUCUUCUACAACGGAGGCGGUCACAACUACAUUUGAUCAAACAACCCCGAUUGAAGCUACUUCUGUAACUGAAGAACAAACGUUCACUACUGAAGCUCUCUCUACAACAGCAGAACUAACAACAACUGAAGCCAAAACUUCAACAAGGAAGGCUAUUCCUUCAUCAGAAGGUGUUACUACAAAUGUAGUCAUAACUACAGCAGCAGACGAAACAACAAGUUCCGAUCAAAGUACAGCGGCGGCUGAAGAAACUACAAGCGCCGAACAAACUACCACUGCAGGAGCUAUUACAACACCUUCUAGCAAAGCAGUAAAAGAAGCUCCAACUUCAACAAUAGAGGCCUCUUCAACAACUGAUGCUGGUAGAACAAGUGUAGAAGAGACAACUACUUCUAGAGCUUCGACAACAACUUCAGAUGAAACCAUAACGUCUAAGCCUCCGACUUCAACCGAAGAAGAAACUACAACUUCUCGUGACCAAACAACGACAGCUGAAGAAACUAUAAGUGCAAAACACACAAGCACGUCUGAGACUCCUUCUACAACUGCUCAACAAUAUGCAACUGCUGAAUCUUUGUCUUCAACUGUUAGUGACACAACAAGUGAUAUUCAAACAACGACAACAAAAGCUUCUUCUACAACGGAGGCGGUCACAACUACAUUUGAUCAAACAACCCCGAUCGAAGCUACUUCUGUAACUGAAGAACAAACGUUCACUACUGAAGCUCUCUCUACAACAGCAGAACUAACAACAACUGAAGCCAAAACUUCAACAAGGAAGGCUAUUCCUUCAUCAGAAGGUGUUACUACAAAUGUAGUCAUAACUACAACAGCAGACGAAACAACAAGUUCCGAUCAAAGUACAGCGGCGGCUGAAGAAACUACAAGCGCCGAACAAACUACCACUGCAGGAGCUAUUACAACACCUUCUAGCAAAGCAGUAAAAGAAGCUCCAACUUCAACAAUAGAGGCCUCUUCAACAACUGAUGCUGUUAGAACAAGUGUAGAACAGACAACUACUUCUAGAGCUUCGACAACAACUUCAGAUGAAACCAUAACGUCUAAGCCUCCGACUUCAACCGAAGAAGAAACUACAACUUCUCGUGACCAAACAACGACAGCUGAAGAAACUAUAAGUGCAAAACACACAAGCACGGCUGAGACUCCUUCUACAACUGCUCAACAAUAUGCAACUGCUGAAUCUUUGUCUUCAACUGUUAGUGACACAACAAGUGAUAUUCAAACAACGACAACAAAAGCUUCUUCUACAACGGAGGCGGUCACAACUACAUUUGAUCAAACAACCCCGAUUGAAGCUACUUCUGUAACUGAAGAACAAACGUUCACUACUGAAGCUCUCUCUACAACAGCAGAACUAACAACAACUGCAGCUAAAACUUCAACAAGGAAGGCUAUUCCUUCAUCAGAAGGUGUUACUACAAAUGUAGUCAUAACUACAACAGCAGACGAAACAACAAGUUCCGAUCAAAGUACAGCGGCGGCUGAAGAAACUACAAGCGCCGAACAAACUACCACUGCAGGAGCUAUUACAACACCUUCUAGCAAAGCAGUAAAAGAAGCUCCAACUUCAACAAUAGAGUCCUCUUCAACAACUGAUGCUGUUAGAACAAGUGUAGAAGAGACAACUACUUCUAGAGCUUCGACAACAACUUCAGAUGAAACCAUAACGUCUAAGCCUCCGACUUCAACCGAAGAACAAACUACAACUUCUCGUGACCAAACAACGACAGCUGAAGAAACUAUAAGUGCAAAACACACAAGCACGUCUGAGACUCCUUCUACAACUGCUCAACAAUAUGCAACUGCUGUAUCUUUGUCUUCAACUGUUAGUGACACAACAAGUGAUAUUCAAACAACGACAACAAAAGCUUCUUCUACAACGGAGGCGGUCACAACUACAUUUGAUCAAACAACCCCGAUUGAAGCUACUUCUGUAACUGAAGAACAAACGUUCACUACUGAAGCUCUCUCUACAACAGCAGAACUAACAACAACUGAAGCCAAAACUUCAACAAGGAAGGCUAUUCCUUCAUCAGAAGGUGUUACUACAAAUGUAGUCAUAACUACAACAGCAGGCAAAACAACAAGUUCUGAUCAAAGUACAGCGGCGACUGAAGAAACUACAAGCGCCGAACAAACUACCACUGCAGGAGCUAUUACAACAUCUUCUAGCAAAGCAGUAAAAGAGGCUCCAACUUCAACAAUAGAGGCCUCUUCAACAACUGAUGCUGUUAGAACAAGUGUAGAAGAGGCAACUACUUCUAGAGCUUCGACAACAACUUCAGAUGAAACCAUAACGUCUAAGCCUCCGACUUCAACCGAAGAACAAACUACAACUUCUCGUGUCCAAACAACGACAGCUGAAGAAACUACAAGUGCAAAACACACAAGCACGUCUGAGACUCCUUCUACAACUGCUCAACAAUAUGCAACUGCUGAAUCUUUGUCUUCAACUGUUAGUGACACAACAAGUGAUAUUCAAACAACGACAACAAAAGCUUCUUCUACAACGGAGGCGGUCACAACUACAUUUGAUCAAACAACCCCGAUUGAAGCUACUUCUGUAACUGAAGAACAAACGUUCACUACUGAAGCUCUCUCUACAACAGCAGAACUAAUAACAACUGAAGCCAAAACUUCAACAAGGAAGGCUAUUCCUUCAUCAGAAGGUGUUACUACAAAUGUAGUCAUAACUACAACAGCAGACGAAACAACAAGUUCCGAUCAAAGCACAGCGGCGGCUGAAGAAACUACAAGCGCCGAAAAAACUACCACUGCAGGAGCUAUUACAACACCUUCUAGCAAAGCAGUAAAAGAAGCUCCAACUUCAACAAUAGAGGCCUCUUCAAUAACUGAUGCUGUUAGAACAAGUAUAGAAGAAACAACUACUUCUAGAGCUUCGACAACAACUUCAGAUGAAACCAUAACGUCUAAGCCUCCGACUUCAACCGAAGAACAAACUACAACUUCUCGUGACCAAACAACGACAGCUGAAGAAACUAUAAGUGCAAAACACACUAGCACGUCUGAGACUCCUUCUACAACUGCUCAACAAUAUGCAACUGCUGAAUCUUUGUCUUCAACUGUUAGUGACACAACAAGUGAUAUUCAAACAACGACAACAAAAGCUUCUUCUACAACGGAGGCGGUCACAACUACAUUUGAUCAAACAACCCCGAUUGACGCUACUUCUGUAACUGAAGAACAAACGUUCACUACUGAAGCUCUCUCUACAACAGCAGAACUAAUAACAACUGAAGCCAAAACUUCAACAAGGAAGGCUAUUCCUUCAUCAGAAGGUGUUACUACAAAUGUAGUCAUAACUACAACAGCAGACGAAACAACAAGUUCCGAUCAAAGUACAGCGGCGGCUGAAGAAACUACAAGCGCCGAACAAACUACUACUGCAGGAGCUAUUACAACACCUUCUAGCAAAGCAGUAAAAGAAGCUCCAACUUCAACAAUAGAGGCCUCUUUAACAACUGAUGCUGUUAGAACAAGUGUAGAAGAGACAACUACUUCUAGAGCUUCGACAACAACUUCAGAUGAAACCAUAACGUCUAAGCCUCCGACUUCAACCGAAGAACAAACUACAACUUCUCGUGACCAAACAACGACAGCUGAAGAAACUAUAAGUGCAAAACACACAAGCACGUCUGAGACUCCUUCUACAACUGCUCAACAAUAUGCAACUGCUGAUUCUUUGUCUUCAACUGUUAGUGACACAACAAGUGAUAUUCAAACAACGACAACAAAAGCUUCUUCUACAACGGAGGCGGUCACAACUACAUUUGAUCAAACAACCCCGAUUGAAGCUACUUCUGUAACUAAAGAACAAACGUUCACUACUGAAGCUCUCUCUACAACAGCAGAACUAAUAACAACUGAAGCCAAAACUUCAGCAAGGAAGGCUAUUCCUUCAUCAGAAGGUGUUACUACAAAUGUAGUCAUAACUACAACAGCAGACGAAACAACAAGUUCCGAUCAAAGCACAGCGGCGGCUGAAGAAACUACAAGCGCCGAAAAAACUACCACUGCAGGAGCUAUUACAACACCUUCUAGCAAAGCAGUAAAAGAAGCUCCAACUUCAACAAUAGAGGCCUCUUCAAUAACUGAUGCUGUUAGAACAAGUAUAGAAGAAACAACUACUUCUAGAGCUUCGACAACAACUUCAGAUGAAACCAUAACGUCUAAGCCUCCGACUUCAACCGAAGAACAAACUACAACUUCUCGUGACCAAACAACGACAGCUGAAGAAACUAUAAGUGCAAAACACACUAGCACGUCUGAGACUCCUUCUACAACUGCUCAACAAUAUGCAACUGCUGAAUCUUUGUCUUCAACUGUUAGUGACACAAUAAGUGAUAUUCAAACAACGACAACAAAAGCUUCUUCUACAACGGAGGCGGUCACAACUACAUUUGAUCAAACAACCCCGAUUGACGCUACUUCUGUAACUGAAGAACAAACGUUCACUACUGAAGCUCUCUCUACAACAGCAGAACUAAUAACAACUGAAGCCAAAACUUCAACAAGGAAGGCUAUUCCUUCAUCAGAAGGUGUUACUACAAAUGUAGUCAUAACUACAACAGCAGACGAAACAACAAGUUCCGAUCAAAGUACAGCGGCGGCUGAAGAAACUACAAGCGCCGAACAAACUACCACUGCAGGAGCUAUUACAACACCUUCUAGCAAAGCAGUAAAAGAAGCUCCAACUUCAACAAUAGAGGCCUCUUUAACAACUGAUGCUGUUAGAACAAGUGUAGAAGAGACAACUACUUCUAGAGCUUCGACAACAACUUCAGAUGAAACCAUAACGUCUAAGCCUCCGACUUCAACCGAAGAACAAACUACAACUUCUCGUGACCAAACAACGACAGCUGAAGAAACUAUAAGUGCAAAACACACAAGCACGUCUGAGACUCCUUCUACAACUGCUCAACAAUAUGCAACUGCUGAAUCUUUGUCUUCAACUGUUAGUGACACAACAAGUGAUAUUCAAACAACGACAACAAAAGCUUCUUCUACACCGGAGGCGGUCACAACUACAUUUGAUCAAACAACCCCGAUUGAAGCUACUUCUGUAACUAAAGAACAAACGUUCACUACUGAAGCUCUCUCUACAACAGCAGAACUAAUAACAACUGAAGCCAAAACUUCAGCAAGGAAGGCUAUUCCUUCAUCAGAAGGUGUUACUACAAAUGUAGUCAUAACUACAACAGCAGACGAAACAACAAGUUCCGAUCAAAGUACAGCGGCGGCUGAAGAAACUACAAGCGCCGAACAAACUACCACUGCAGGAGCUAUUACAACACCUUUUAGCAAAGCAGUAAAAGAAGCUCCAACUUCAACAAUAGAGGCCUCUUCAACAACUGAUGCUGUUAGAACAAGUGUAGAAGAGACAACUACUUCUAGAGCUUCGACAAUAACUUCAGAUGAAACCAUAACGUCUAAGCCUCCGACUUCAACCGAAGAACAAACUACAACUUCUCGUGACCAAACAACGACAGCUGAAGAAACUAUAAGUGCAAAACACACUAGCACUUCUGAGACUCCCACUACAACUGCUCAACAAUAUUCAACUGCUGAAUCUUUGACCACAACUGUUAGUGACACAACAAGCGAUAUUCAAACAACGACAACAAAAGCUUCUUCUACAAUGGAGGCGGUCACAAUUACAUUUGAUCAAACAACCCCGAUUGAAGCUACUUCUGUAACUGAAGAACAAACGUUCACUACUGAAGCUCUCUCUACAACAGCAGAACUAACAACAACUGAAGCCAAAACUUCAACAAGGAAGGCUAUUCCUUCAUCAGAAGGUGUUACUACAAAUGUAGUCAUACCUACAACAGCAGACGAAACAACAAGUUCCGAUCAAAGUACAGCGGCGGCUGAAGAAACUACAAGCGCCGAACAAACUACCACUGCAGGAGCUAUUACAACACCUUCUAGCGAAGCAGUAAAAGAAGCUCCAACUUCAACAAAAGAGGCCUCUUCAACAACUGAUGCUGUUAGAACAAGUGUAGAAGAGACAACUACUUCUAGAGCUUCGACAACAACUUCAGAUGAAACCAUAACGUCUAAGCCUCCGACUUCAACCGAAGAACAAACUACAACUUCUCGUGACCAAACAACGACAGCUGAAGAAAAUAUAAGUGCAAAACACACUAGCACUUCUGAGACUCCCACUACAACUGCUCAACAAUAUUCAACUGGUGAAUCUUUGACCACAACUGUUAGUGACACAACAAGUGAUAUUCAAACAAAGACAACAAAAGCUUCUUCUACAACGGAGGCGGUCACAACUACAUUUGAUCAAACAACCCCGAUUGAAGCUACUUCUGUAACUGAAGAACAAACGUUCACUACUGAAGCUCUCUCUUCAACAGCAGAACUAACAACAACUGAAGCCAAAAUUUCAACAAGGAAGGCUAUUCCUUCAUCAGAAGGUGUUACUACAAAUGUAGUCAUAACUACAACAGCAGACGAAACAACAAGUUCCGAUCAAAGUUCAGGGGCGGCUGAAGAAACUACAAGCGCUGAACAAACUACCACUGAAGGAGCUAUUACAACACCUUCUAGCAAAGCAGUAAAAGAAGCUAAAACUUCAACAAUAGAGGCCUCUUCAACAACUGAUGCUGUUAGAACAAGUGUAGAAGAGACAACUACUUCUAGAGCUUCGACAACAACUUCUGAUGAAACCAUAACGUCUAAGCCUUCGACUUCAACCGAAGAACAAACUACAACUUCUCGUGUCCAAACAACGACAGCUGAAGAAACUAUAAGUGCAAAACACACAAGCACGUCUGAGACUCCUUCUACAACUGCUCAACAAUAUGCAACUGCUGAUUAUUUGUCUUCAACUGUUAGUGACACAACAAGUGAUAUUCAAACAACGACAACAGAAGUUUCUUCUACAACGGAGGCGGUCACAAUUACAUUUGAUCAAACAACCCCGAUUGAAGCUACUUCUGUAACUGAAGAACAAACGUUCACUACUGAAGCUCUCUCUACAACAGCAGAACUAACAACAACUGAAGCCGAAACUUCAACAAGGAAGGCUAUUCCUUCAUCAGAAAGUGUUACUAAAAAUGUAGUCAUUACUACAACAGCAGACGAAACAACAAGUUCCGAUCAAAGUACAGCGGCGGCUGAAGAAACUACAAGCGCCGAACAAACUACCACCGCAGGAGCUAUUACUAAACCUUCUAGCAAAGCAGUAAAAGAAGCUCCAACUUCAACAAUAGAGGCCUCUUCAACAACUGAUGCUGUUAGAACAAGUGUAGAAGAGACAACUACUUCUAGAGCUUCGACAACAACUUCAGAUGAAACCAUAACGUCUAAGCCUCCGACUUCAACCGAAGAACAAACUACAACUUCUCGUGACCAAACAACGACAGCUGAAAAAAAUAUAAGUGCAAAACACACUAGCACUUCUGAGACUCCCACUACAACUGCUCAACAAUAUUCAACUGGUGAAUCUUUGACCACAACUGUUAGUGACACAACAAGUGAUAUUCAAACUAAGACAACAAAAGCUUCUUCUACAACGGAGGCGGUCACAACUGCAUUUGAUCAAACAACCCCGAUUGAAGCUACUUCUGUAACUGAAGAACAAACGUUCACUACUGAAGCUCGCUCUACAACAGCAGAACUAACAACAACUGAAGCCAAAACUUCAACAAGGAAGGCUAUUCCUUCAUCAGAAGGUGUUACUACAAAUGUAGUCAUAACUACAACAGCAGAAGAAACAACAAGUUCCGAUCAAUGUACAGGGGCGGAUGAAGAAACUACAAGCGUUGAACAAACUACCACUGCAGGAGCUAUUACAACACCUUCUAGCAAAGCAGUAAAAGAAGCUCAAACUUCAACAAUAGAUGCCUCUUCAACAACUGAUGCUGUAAGUACAAGUGUAGAAGAGACAACUACUUCUAGAGCUUCGACAACAACUUCUGAUGAAACUAUAACGUCUAAGCCUUCGACUUCAACCGAAGAACAAACUACAACUGCUCGUGUCCAAACAACGACAGCUGAAGAAACUAUAAGUGCAAAACACACAAGCAUGUCUGAGACUCCUUCUACAACUGAUCAACAAUAUGCAACUGCUGAUUCUUUGUCUUCAACUGUAAGUGACACAACAAGUGAUAUUCAAACAACGACAACACAAGUUUCUUCUACAACGGAGGCGGUCACAAUUACAUUUGAUCAAACAACCCCGAUUGAAGCUACUUCUGUAACUGAAGAACAAACGUUCACUACUGAAGCUCGCUCUACAACAGCAGAACUAACAACAACUGAAGCCAAAACUUCAACAAGGAAGGCUAUUCCUUCAUCAGAAGGUGUUACUACAAAUGUAGUCAUAACUACAACAGCAGAAGAAACAACAAGUUCCGAUCAAAGUACAGCGGCGGCUGAAGAAACUACAAGCGCCGAACAAACUACCAAUGCAGGAGCUAUUACAACACCUUCUAGCAAAGCAGUAAAAGAAGCUCCAACUUCAACAAAAGAGGCCUCUCCAACAACUGAUGCUGUUAGAACAAGUGUAGAAGAGACAACUACUUCUAGAGCUUCGACAACAACUUCAGAUGAAACCAUAACGUCUAAGCCUCCGACUUCAACUGAAAAACAAACUACAACUUCUCGUGACCAAACAACGACAGCUGAAGAAACUAUAAGUGCAAAACACACUAGCACGUCUGAGACUCCCACUACAACUGCUCAACAAUAUUUGACUGCUGAAUCUUUGACCACACCUUUUAGUGACACAACAAGUGAUAUUCAAACAACGACAACAAAAGCUUCUUCUACAACGGAGGCGGUCACAACUACAUUUGAUCAAACAACCCCGAUUGAAGCUACUUCGGUAACUGAAGAACAAACGUUCACUACUGAAGCUCUCUCUACAACAGCAGAACUUACAUCAACUGAAGCCAAAACUUCAACAAGGAAGAACAUUCCUUCAUCAGAAGGUGUUACUAUAAAUGUAGUCAUAACUACAACAGCAGACGAAACAACAAGUUCCGAUCAAAGUACAGCGGCGGCUGAAGAAACUACAAGCGCCGAACAAACUACCACUGCAGGAGCUAUUACAACACCUUCUAGCAAAGCAGUAAAAGAGGCUCCAACUUCAACAAUAGAGGCCUCUUCAACAACUGAUGCUGUUAGAACAAGUGUAGAAGAGACAACUACUUCUAGAGCUUCGACAACAACUUCAGAUGAAACCAUAACGUCUAAGACUCCUACUUCAACCGAAGAACAAACUACAACUUCUCGUGACCAAACAACGACAGCUGAAGAAACUGUAAGUGCAAAACACACUAGCACUUCUGAGACUCCCACUACAACUGCUCAACAAUAUGCAACUGCUGAUUCUUUGUCUUCAACUGUUAGUGACACAACAAGUGAUAUUCAAACAACGACAACAAAAGCUUCUUCUACAACGGAGGCGGUCACAACUACAUUUGAUCAAACAACCCCGAUUGAAGCUACUUCUGUAACUGAAGAACAAACGUUCACUACUGAAGCUCUCUCUACAACAGCAGAACUAACAACAACUGAAGCCAAAACUUCAACAAGGAAGGCUAUUCCUUCAUCAGAAGGUGUUACUACAAAUGUAGUCAUAACUACAACAGCAGACGAAACAACAAGUUCCGAUCAAAGUACAGCGGCGGCUGAAGAAACUACAAGCGCCGAACAAACUACCACUUCAGGAGCUAUACCAACACCUUCUAGCAAAGCAGUAAAAGAAGCUCCAACUUCAACAAUAGAGGCCUCUUCAACAACUAAUGAUGUUAGUACAAGUGUAAAAGAGACAACUACUUCUAGAGCUUCGACAACAACUUCAGAUGAAACCAUAACGUCUAAGCCUCCGACUUCAACUGAAGAACAAACUACAACUUAUCGUGACCAAACAACGACAGCUGAAGAAACUAUAAGUGCAAAACACACUAGCACUUCUGAGACUCCCACUACAACUGCUCAACAAUAUUUGACUGCUGAAUUUUUGUCUACAACUGUUAGUGACACAACAAGUGAUAGUCAAACGACGACGACAGAGGCUUCUUCUACAAUUCAAGUUAUUACUACUCCUACUACGGAACACACGACAGAUAACCAUCAAAGAACUACAACCACUUAUAUAAUUCCUAUUUUAACAUCUAAACCAAUGACUGUUUCUGAAGGUACAUCUUCACCUGCUAGAGAAACAAUAGCAGAUCUUCAAACGACGACCUCAGAGAAAAUGUCUAUAAUACAAGCAGUAACAUCAUCAUUAACUGAAUAUUCUACUCAAACUGCAAAACAAACGUCAAGCGUUGAAGCAAUAACUUCUGCAACAGUAGACCACACGACUACCAAUGAUUUGCAAAGAACAACUUUCGAACAAAUUGCAAGCACGGAACUCCAAUCUACAACAGCAACUUUGACUCUUACCACCACUGCAUCACAAACUAACGCUUCUGAAACCCUGUCUAUAGAUUCUGCAUAG